CUUUUAAAUUCCCACCACAGGGGGCGCUGUGAGAGCCCAGUUGAGUGCUUCACUUCCGGGACCAUGAGGUCAACGCUGCUGCGCCCAUAGCGACGAAUAAAAUCCCCGCCUAGGGCAAUGGGGCCAGAUGGGGUCCCGGGUCAGUCCGUGCCCUGGCGGAAGGUGCUGUGGGAACGGCAGCCGUUUCCCGACAACUACGUGGACCAGAGGUUCCUGGAGGAACUGCGGAGGAACGAGGGCAUCCGGCAGUACCGCUACUGGGCCGUGGUGAAGGAAGCGGGCUUGGUGGGACAGCAGCUGUCCUGCGUGGCCAUUUUUAUCACUCUCUGGCUCUACAUGGAGCAGGGUCUCCUUAGCCCCGAGACGCUGCUUUGGACCAGCCUCAUGUGUGCCCUCCUGGGUUAUGGACUGUACCAAGCGCUGACAUCUCAGACCGAAUCCUGCAGCGAGAACCGCACGCGUCUGGCCGAUUCCCAGAGCGCCGCUCUCUUCCUCUCCUUCACCUUCGGCUUCUCGCCGGUCCUUAAAACGCUGACGGAGUCUGUAAGCACGGACACGGUGUACGCCAUGUCGGCCCUGAUGCUGCUGGCCCACCUGGUGUCGUUCCCUUACGCCCACCCCUCGCCCCCGGGCAGCCUCUCUCUAAACGCCGCGCUGUUUGCCUCCGUGUGCUUGGCCUCGAGGCUACCCGGGGCUCUGCACACCUUCGCCAUGCUCACCUGUGCACUGCUGGUGUUCGCCCUGUGGCCCUGUCUGCUCCAGAGGCUGAGGGAGAACGCCCCCGGCCAGUUUCUCGGGGCGUGCGUGGGAGUUUGCGUCGGGGGGGUCGGAGGUCUGGGGUCGCAGUCACUCGGGGGAGCCGUUCUCUUAUCCCUGGCCUUGGUGAGCGUGACGCUAAUCUGCCCCCUGCUGUUGGUCAGUCUGCAGAGGCACAAGGACAACAUCCACGGGCCCUGGGACGAGGCCGAGAUUCAAGAGGACAUCAGCCGCUUCCUGCACUGACCGGACAGAGCGGGCCGAGCUCAUUAUGAGCGCUGAUGGCUCCCUCUGUGUACUGCAUGUCUUACCUGACAGAUUUUCUUGCUGGUCCACAUCUGUUUGGAGUGUCAUAGCAACCCGUUCCUCCCAUGGAUGGUUUUCAAUGCUAAUGCUGCGACCGUUCACCAAGCGCUGACCUCAGUCACUCGUGCAAAAGGUGUGAAUCCCUGUGCAGGGCUGACCUAAACUACAGAACAAUUCUGAUGAUGUGCACCAAGUGGAUAUCAGUGGCGUUUUAAUAGUGGGAAAUGCUUGUGGAAUGAGUUUUAUGGGCUGGUGUUGAAGUUGUACAUAGGAUAGGGGCUCCCACUCCAAAGGGUAUUUUAAUGCAGUAGGAUGAACCUCUUAAUGAUGAUGAUGUAUUCAUAAAAUUGUAAGAAUAAUUGUUCUAUCUGGGCUACAGUGAUGCUUUGUAUAACUUAUGGUGGAAUGUUUGGCUCACUUUUAACACUGAUAUGUGUACAUGAUUCUAACUUUAUUUACAUAAAAUCUAGCUCUUGGAAGAGUUGUUUUGACUAAA